GCCAUCUGUGCAGGGCUGUCAGCAGCAGAAGUUGUCGGGUGACGGUUCCUCGUGCCUUUAUCAGCUGAGUUCUCCUCCGGUCUGCACUCUUCACCUCUCCGGUACCGGACAGCAGCGGACAUGACGCUUCCCGGGGCUCUUCUCACUCUCUUAGCAUCUGUUGCUGUGACCAUUGACGCCACCAUCUACUUCAAGGAGCAGUUUGAGGAUGGAGAUGGAUGGACGAGCCGGUGGCUCCAGUCGAAGCACAUCUCCGACUAUGGCCAAUGGAAACUGACAGCUGGAAAGUUCUAUGGGGAUGCGGAGGCUGAUAAAGGUAUUCAAACCAGCCAGGACGCCCACUUUUACGCCACGUCGGCCCGCUUUGAGCCCUUUAGCAAUGAGGGAAAGCCCCUGGUCAUUCAGUUCACUGUCAAGCAUGAGCAGAAGAUUGACUGUGGAGGUGGCUACGUCAAGAUCUUCCCCUCUGAUGUCGACCAGAGUGAUCUGCAAGGAGACUCACAGUAUUACAUCAUGUUUGGGCCUGACAUCUGUGGAUACAGCACAAAGAAGGUUCAUGUAAUCGUGAACUACAAGGGCCAGAACCACCUCAUCAAGAAAGACAUCAAAUGCAAGGAUGACGAACUGACCCACCUGUACACGUUGAUACUGAACCCAGACCAGACGUACGAGGUGAGGAUCAACAAUGAAAAGGUGGAAUCUGGCUCGCUGGAGGAUGACUGGGACAUGCUGCCCCCGAAGAAGGUCAAGGACCCUGAGGCCACGAAACCCGGUGACUGGGAUGACAGGGCCAAGAUUGACGACCCCAGUGACACCAAGUCUGAGGACUGGGACAUGCCAGAGACCAUCCCUGACCCUGAUGCCAAGAAGCCUGACGACUGGGACGAGGACAUGGACGGAGAGUGGGAACCCCCCAUGAUCACCAACCCAGAGUAUAAGGGGGAGUGGAAACCCAAACAGAUUGACAACCCUGACUACAAGGGAGCCUGGGUCCACCCUGAGAUCAACAACCCAGAGUACACUCUAGAUGCCGCAAUGUACAAGUUUGACAACAUUGGAGUACUGGGCCUGGAUCUGUGGCAGGUAAAAUCUGGUUCCAUCUUUGACAACUUCCUGAUCAGUGACAAUGUCAAAGAAGCUGAGGAGUUUGGGAAGGAAACCUGGGGAGUUACAAAGGAACCAGAGAAGAAGAUGAAGGAGGAGCAGGAGGACAUGGAGAGGAAAUUGAGGGAGGAGGAGGAGAAGAGCAAGAAGGUUGAUGAGGGUGAUGAGGAGGAGGAAGAUGGCGAGGAAGAGAAUGAGGAUGAAGAGGGCGAGAACGACGAGGAGACGGAUGAUGACGCUGGGACAGAAGACAACGUUGACGUGAAAAAGAAGACAGAGUUGUAGAGUAGAGAAGCCUGUGGACUGCUGUGUGCUUCUCUCUGUGCGGGUUCAAACCACAGAAAAUGAUUGAAAGCCACUGAUGGACUCGGGCCUUUCAUACAGCAGCCUUUUAUUCAAGAGUAGGGGCAGGGAGGGGUGACAGAUUUAUUUUUUAUUGAUCCUUGUUUUACUUUUUUUUUGUCUUCAGACUAUAGAAGGGAGAAGGGUUUACAUGUUGUUUUUUCUUCCGUUUUGGUUGAGAAUUUUCUAAUCUAAUGCGAUUUUCCGAAUGUGGUCGAUCCCAUAAUGUGUGCGUGUCGAGCAGUUACUCACAGAGCCAAUUCCUUAUUAUUACUGCUUUUGCUGGGAUGUCCAGUAAAAUCCAGGAUCUGUGAUAUCUGGUCCAUGCACUUUCCUCUCCUGUGUGAUGUAGUACUGCUCGUUUUUCGAAUUGCUCCCCUUCAUAAUUUAUUUAAUCAUAAUAUGAAUCCACUGAAAAUACAUAUGUCCUUCCUCCAACUGUGUGUGAGUAUGUGAGAGUGAGACUGCAUAAAACAAACUGUGAUUUUUUUUCUUUUUCUUUUUUACAAUCUUUAUUUUGUCAUUGUUCUGGAUGAGUGGCUGUUCUGUGGGUGCACACUGUUUCUUUCUUUCUUGAGUUUCAGUCAAUAAAUUGAAGCUUCUCUCAAAAA